AUAAGGUAAAAUAAAAAAUAAGUUAAGAAAAGAGACCAAUUUUUCCGGUGUGAUUUUCAUUGAUUUCUUUCGAAAAAUUUUUAUAUUUACAAAGUGUCAUUACCAUUAUUUAAAAAAAUAAAACAAAAAACCUUCUAUAGUGAUAGAACGUGACAACUGCGCUAAUGGCGUCUAUCUCAUUUGCGAAAAAUUUAGUAAAUCCAGCUCUAAAAUUGGUAUUGAAGAACAGUCCUUGUUCUCAACUUACAAAAUGCGGUAAUGGCUUGCCUGGACUCACACCAUUGAGUAUAGUGCUGAGAAGAAAUUAUGCUGAGAAGCAGGUCUUCGAGAGAACGAAACCUCACUGCAAUGUAGGAACUAUUGGCCAUGUUGAUCAUGGAAAAACCACUUUGACUGCAGCAAUAACAAAAGUAUUAGCCGACCUCAACCUAGCUCAGAAGAAGGGUUACACAGACAUUGACAAUGCUCCGGAAGAGAAGGCUCGAGGUAUCACCAUCAAUGUGGCCCAUGUUGAAUACCAAACGGAACAGAGACAUUAUGGACACACAGAUUGUCCUGGACAUGCUGAUUACAUCAAGAACAUGAUAACAGGCACAGCACAAAUGGACGGAGCCAUCCUAGUGGUGGCAGCUACGGACGGCGUCAUGCCACAAACGCGGGAACACUUGCUGCUGGCCAAACAGAUUGGCAUCCAACACGUUGUGGUAUUCAUCAACAAAGUGGACGCUGCUGAUCAGGAAAUGGUGGAGCUCGUGGAGAUGGAGAUUAGGGAGCUGAUGUCUGAGAUGGGGUAUGAUGGUGAUAAUGUGCCUGUUAUCAAAGGGUCUGCUCUUUGUGCCUUGGAUGGUAAAAGUCCUGAAAUCGGAGCAGAGGCUAUUACCCAGUUGCUCAAAGAAGUGGACGCGUACAUCCCAACGCCGGUUCGUGAAUUGGACAAGCCGUUCCUCUUGCCUGUUGAGUCGGUGCACUCCAUCCCUGGCCGUGGUACCGUCGUCACAGGACGCUUGCACAGGGGUGUGUUGAAGAAGGGCACUGAAUGCGAGAUCGUCGGACACGGCAAGACCAUGAAGACAACCGUCACCGGUGUAGAGAUGUUCCACAAGACCUUGGAAGAGGCGCAGGCUGGGGACCAACUUGGAGCGCUGGUCCGAGCGGUCAAACGUGAGCAGAUCAAGCGAGGAAUGGUCAUGGCUAAGCCAGGAACAGUGAAGGCCCACGAUAAUGUGGAAGCAGCAGUAUAUAUCUUGAGCAAAGAAGAGGGAGGCCGCUCGAAACCGUUCACGUCGUACAUCCAGCUGCAAAUGUUCUCUAUGACCUGGGACUGCGCCUCCCAGGUCACUAUUCCGGAAAAGGAGAUGGUGAUGCCUGGUGAAGAUGCUAAAUUACAUUUGCGACUUCUGAAACCUAUGGUGUGUGAGCCGGGUCAGCGUUUCACACUUCGUCUCGGUGACCUUACGCUUGGUACGGGCGUCAUCACAAAAAUCAACAAAAAUCUAUCUGAAGAAGAAAGGAUCAUGCUAUUGGAAGGAAAGAAGGCACGAGAAAAGGCGGCUGUUAAGAAGUGAAGAGUUUAGUUUUAUUUUUAAGUUUAGAAAUGUAGUCCCCGUUAAUAUUACGCAUUUAAAAAUGUAAAUUUCAAAUAAAGUACCUAAUCAAAAUGU